UUAAUCAAUUUUGUUUUCAUGUCCAACUCAAGCCGUCCCAACUUCGGUUUCUCUGGUUCUGGCCUCGGUCACGGCCGUGCUGAUCUUCUCCGCGAUGCAGAUGUACCGACCGCUGAUCGCUUCGUCCCAGAUGGCCACAAUCUUCGGAGGAUUCCUUGGUUCUUGGCUCUUUAUACUGUCUCUUACGGCCGUUUCCAACCUGGAAACCGUAGUGCUAGGAAAAGGAUUCCAGGCUAAACUGUUCCCGGAGGUGGCCUUCUGUCUGAUCGGGUCGCUGUUCGCCUGUGGAAUGGUUCAUCGAGUGUGUGCUACUACUUGCAUUCUAUUCUCAAUUGCGGCUCUGUAUUACAUCAACAAAAUUUCCCAAAAGGUGCACAAUGCACCGGUGGUUGUGGACACCUAUGCCGGCAAGAAGAAGAAGAAGUGAGCUAGAGAGACAAGACUGCAAUUCCAAAGCUGUGUGGAAUAGUAACUUGGGAGGGAGCGUACAACAGUAAACUGAACAAAAUAUCUCAAUAGCCAUCGCACACCAUGUACUGUCUCGUGGUAACGACUAUGAUUACUAAGCACUAAAAUUGUACUGUUUACAAUAAAAAAAUAACAUGACAGAAUCAUCA